AUGGAGUGUGGCCUGGCUGGCGUGAGCACAGGAGAUGGGCUGGUGAUGAAGAUCAAGCCAGAGAAGCCAGAGUGGAUGCUGCAGACGCUGGUGCCGCAGGCCGAGCUUUCCGAGAAGGAUAAGGAAAACAUCUUCCAGCAACAUCGGAGCCUCCCGCCAUGCCAGACCAUGGGGAAGCCUCGGGCCUUGGGGGGACAGGAGGAGACUGGGGGUACAAGGUGGGCCCCUCCCACUGAGCAGGCGGCGGGGCUGGCAGGCCGGGCUCUUUCUGCCGGCGAGGGUCACUUUGUGUGCCUGGACUGCGGGAAGAGGUUCAGCUGGUGGUCAUCCUUGAAGAUACACCAGCGCACCCACACCGGGGAGAAGCCGUACCUGUGCGGCAAGUGCGGCAAGAGCUUCAGCCAGAAGCCCAACCUGGCGCGCCACCAGCGGCACCACACGGGCGAGCGGCCCUUCUGCUGCCCCGAGUGCGCGAGGCGCUUUAGCCAGAAGCAGCACCUGCUCAAGCACCAGAAGACCCACUCGCGGCCCGCCACCCACUCGUGCCCCGAGUGCGCGCGCUGCUUCCGCCACCAGGUGGGCCUCCGCAUCCACCAGCGCGCGCACGCCCGGGACCGCCAGGGUGCCCGCGCCGGGCUGCAGGAGUUGCUGCGGGACGCCGCCGCCCGCCGGGGCUGUCGCCUGCGGCCCGGGCCGCCGCGGGGCCGCCCCGAGUGGGCCUGGCUGGGGCUCUGCCAGGGCUGGUGGCGCCAGGCGGGGGCCCGGGCCGCAGUCGCCGCCGCCGCGGGGCCGGGUGAGCAGCGCCAGUUCAUCUGCAACGAGUGCGGCAAGAGCUUCACGUGGUGGUCGUCCCUGAACAUCCACCAGCGCAUCCACACGGGCGAGCGGCCCUACCCGUGCCCCGAGUGCGGCCGCCGCUUCAGCCAGAAGCCCAACCUGACGCGGCACCUGCGCAACCACACGGGCGAGCGGCCGCACCCCUGCCUGCACUGCGGCCGCAGCUUCCGCCAGAAGCAGCACCUGCUCAAGCACCAGCGCACGCACCUGCCGGGCGCCCAGGCGGCGCGCUGCCCUAGCUGCGGCCAGAGCUGCCCGAGCCGCGCGGCGCUGCGGGCCCACCAGCGCGCGCACGCCCCAGCCCGGGGCCUGGGGGCCGUGCCGUGGGGCCGGGCGCGGGCCGGCCUGACCGCGCCGGGCGAGUCCCGCCAGUUCAUCUGCAACGAGUGCGGCAAGAGCUUCUCGUGGUGGUCGGCGCUCACCAUCCACCAGCGCAUCCACACCGGCGAGCGGCCCUACCCGUGCCCCGAGUGCGGCCGCCGCUUCAGCCAGAAGCCCAACCUGACGCGGCACCGGCGCAACCACACGGGCGAGCGGCCCUACCUGUGCUCCGCGUGUGGCCGUGGCUUCAGCCAGAAGCAGCACCUGCUUAAGCACCAGCGUGUGCACCGGGGGGCUCUGGCGCCCACCCCCAGCGCCAAGGACCAGGCUCUUUACUGUGUGCCUUGCCACUUUGGCACAGCUUACUUAGAAAAUGCUGCUAAAAAUAUGGGUGACAUCCUCGGGUGGGCCACCGCCCAGGAGGGCACACUGAACACCUGCCAGGUGACGGGAGCCGCCUCAUGGGGCCAGGAGGCUUGCGGCUCCCAGGGCCCCUCCUCAGGGAUGGCGCCACCCCAGCAGCCACAUCCACCAUCUGUUGAUGAGGGAGGUGAGGAAGCGGCUCUAACUGCCGGCUGGGGGCCUUGGACGAUCCUGAAAGGGGAAUGGCUGAAGCCGGGGGCCGGGCAACUUGGGGUGUCCCGCCCGGCGGGGCGUUCUGCUCGCGAACCGGCUCCCGCCCGGUUCCCUCGCCUGCCCGGGCGGGCGCAGCGCUCGCAGCCCUCCGUUUUCCGCCGGCCAGGUCGUCGGCGAGUUAGACCUCCCAGCCUCACGGGGCUGCUGUGCGGCUGCGGCGACGCUGGUGACUGCGGCGCUGCGGCGGAGACAGAGGGGCUCGGGAGGCGGCGCCACGUGAGUCCCGGGCCGCCGGGGCUGGGGCCGCGGCGGGAGAUUACCGUAUUUAUCGAGGCCGGUUCCGGACCCUUGGGGGCGGGUCACUGCGGGCGCGCUACCGUAUUUGCCGGGAGCCGCGCAGACCCUUUCCUGGAGCAGGGAGCGCCGCGGCUUAAUUACGUAUUUAUCCAGGGUUGCGCGGUCCUCCCGGGGGUGCUGCGGCAGCUGGGGGUGGGUUGCAUCCGCGCCCCGAGGGAGCCGGGGCUUGCAGCCGGGCGGGGUGGGUUGCGGCAGCAGGCGGUGCGGGAGGCUGGCCGUCUUUAUGGGGGCGAGGGAGAAGAGGCGCGGGAGGCGCUGCGGGAGAGCUACCAGCUGGCGUCCCCGGGGGGCGGGUCCCCGGCGGGGGACGGGGAGGAGGGUCUGGGGGACGAGCGAGGCCUGGUCAUCCACCACCCCGCGGAGGAGCAGCCUCACCGCUGCCCACUGUGCGGCCAGACCUUCUCGCAGCAGCCCAGCCUGGUGCGGCACCAGAAGGCGCACGCUGGGGUGGGCCGCGCGGCCGCCUUCGUGUGCCCCGAGUGCGGCAAGGCCUUCAGCGUCAAGCACAACCUCGAGGUGCACCAGCGCACCCACACCGGCGAGCGGCCCUUCGCCUGCCCGGAGUGCGGGCGCUGCUUCAGCCUCAAGCAGAACCUGCUCACGCACCAGCGCAUCCACAGUGGCGAGAAGCCGCACCAGUGCGCGCAGUGCGGCCGCUGCUUCCGCGAGCCGCGCUUCCUGCUCAACCACCAGCGCACCCACGCGCGCAUGCCCGCGCCCCACCCGCGCCGCCCCGGCGUGUUCGGGGAGCGGCGGCCCUACUUCUGCGCUCGCUGCGGCAAGAGCUUCGCGCGCGAGGGCUCGCUCAAGGCCCACCAGCGCAGCCACGGCCACGGGCCCGAGGGCCAGGCGGCCCAUUUAGGCCGCGUGCUAUGA